AGCUGAGGUUGCAGGGAGAACUGGAACUGGGCUCGCCGCAGGGGGAACCGGCGUUUGAAAUCUGCCCCCUCCCCGUACCCCGCUUCCGAGGGGGUGGGCGAUAGAGGGGAGGUUGGGGUUGGAGCAGGAGAGCGGGGGCCCCUCCCUUGCCCCUCCCCCCACCGGACUUGGUCGCGCCCGAAGUGUAACACUUUCUCUUUGUCGGAGGAGCUCCGCUGUUUCUUGUGCUGUAGCUCCGGUUGCGGCGGCACCCGUGGCAGCCCUGGCGGACGCAGGAGCGAUGGCAGCGACCGAUAUAGCUCGCCAGGUGGGUGAAGGUUGCCGAACCGUCCCCCUGGCUGGACAUGUGGGGUUUGACAGCCUGCCCGACCAGCUGGUGAAUAAGUCAGUCAGCCAGGGCUUCAGCUUCAACAUCCUGUGCGUGGGAGAGACAGGUUUGGGCAAGUCUACCCUCAUGGACACCCUGUUCAACACCAAGUUUGAGGGGGAGCCGGCCACCCACACACAGCCAGGUGUCCAGCUCCGGUCCAAUACCUAUGACCUCCAAGAGAGCAACGUGGGGCUGAAGCUGACCAUUGUCAGCACGGUGGGCUUUGGGGACCAGAUCAACAAGGAGGACAGCUACAAGCCCAUCGUGGAAUUCAUCGACGCCCAGUUCGAGGCCUACCUGCAGGAGGAGCUGAAGAUCCGCAGGGUGCUGCACGCCUACCACGACUCCCGAAUCCACGCCUGCUUGUACUUCAUCGCGCCCACGGGCCACUCCCUGAAGUCUCUGGACCUCGUGACGAUGAAGAAGCUGGACAGUAAGGUGAACAUCAUCCCCAUCAUUGCCAAAUCAGAUGCCAUUUCGAAGAGCGAGCUAACGAAGUUCAAAAUCAAAAUCACCAGCGAACUUGUCAGCAACGGGGUCCAGAUCUACCAAUUCCCUACAGACGACGAGUCAGUGGCAGAGAUCAAUGGAACCAUGAACGCGCACCUGCCGUUUGCUGUCAUCGGCAGCACAGAGGAGCUGAAGAUAGGCAACAAGAUGAUGAAGGCGCGGCAGUAUCCGUGGGGCACGGUGCAGGUCGAGAACGAGGCGCACUGCGACUUCGUGAAGCUGCGGGAGAUGCUGAUCCGGGUGAACAUGGAGGACCUCCGGGAGCAGACCCACAGCCGGCACUACGAGCUCUACCGCCGCUGCAAGCUGGAGGAGAUGGGCUUCAAGGACACCGACCCCGACAGCAAACCCUUCAGCUUACAGGAGACAUACGAGGCCAAAAGGAAUGAGUUCCUAGGGGAGCUCCAGAAAAAAGAAGAGGAGAUGAGACAGAUGUUCGUCCAGAGGGUCAAAGAGAAAGAAGCUGAACUUAAAGAGGCAGAGAAAGAGCUGCACGAGAAGUUUGACCGUCUGAAGAAACUGCACCAGGACGAAAAGAAGAAGCUGGAGGAUAAGAAGAAAUGCCUGGACGAUGAAGUCAACGCCUUCAAACAGAGAAAGACGGCGGCUGAGCUGCUCCAGUCCCAGGGCUCCCAGGCUGGAGGCUCACAGACUCUGAAGAGGGAUAAAGAGAAGAAAAAUAAUCCAUGGCUGUGUACUGAAUAGUAGCCCCCGCUACAGCUGGACUGGACUCCAUUUAGCCUUUUAAGCCAAGGUUCCUAUUUUAACUGACAGCUUUCCUAUGGGGGGGGCAGGCAGCAGCCCCCACCCCCCCCUGCCAUGUACUUCCACUUUGAGUCCCACCUCGUCUUCUGAGUUCUGCCUCCGAGUCCAUUGGCACUGAUCAUGACCUUCUUCUUCUUUAUUGUUUUUUUGAGGUGGUUUUUUUUUUUUUUGGAUCACUUUUUCUUUUUUUCAAAACGCACACUUAAACCAGGCUAUGCCAAAUUUUCAGGGCUUUCUGAAGUGUUGAGAAUGGGGAGGGGCUGUCCUCUCUUCCAUAAGAGAUCAUAAAUUGUAGGAAGCGAAAAGUAGAAGAAACAAGCGACGCUACGCACACGCUUUCUAUGUUCUAGUUGGCAGAGCAAGAGUGCAGUUUUGAUGUGUAUUGUUGGGUGAGUCACUGAUCGGUUAGUGGCCAGAGGCAAGGAUGUAGUAUAAGCUAGUUUCUUGAGAAAAAUCCAAGUCUCCUAGGGGAGCAUGUUAGGAGACCCCAUGCUCGGAGGUUCAAAACAAAACAAAACAAAAACUGGAUACUCCGCCAGUAGCUCAGAGAGAUCCUAAAUUAGGGCUGCAAGUCUCCUUGGGAAAGACAUGUCACUGGCAGCUUUGAUGUCUCAGUGUCCAGUUUUAUAGCUCUUUCCCAAGAAUCUCAGACUCAACCAAGCAGCCGGUCACCAUUUCCCCUGGGUUAUCAUUUGCAUCACAAAUGGGGGGGCCCUCUCAUUUGCAUUUGUUUACACAUUAACUACUUGAGGCCUGAGGAGCUCUGAAAACUUCAAAAGUAGUAGCCGGCCAGCCAGCCUUGGGAAGAACAUCCGGGCCUAGGCGGGAAUGUCCAGGCCAGGGAGAAAUUUUGGUCCCUCAAACAGCUACGACCCAAAGGAAAUGGAGACCCGGAGAAGUCGAGGGACUGGCCCCGAUGUCCCAGUGCUGUUUUGUGGCAGAAGCCAGGGAAAAUUCAGUGUCUCCUGACCCCGGCUCCGUGUCACAAAUGGAUUCAACCUGUUCCUCUCUAUGUUGCUGGAGACCAAGGUCUUUGGAUGUUGUUCUGAGAAAAUGAAUAAUUGGCAUUACAGGGCCUUUGAGGGUUUCCCCUGCCCCCAUAGAAAGCUAUCUGAGGAUGGAGAGGGUGGGGAAGGCAAAGCUGGGGACUCCAGGCCAGCUCCCGAGCCCAGUGUUUCUGCUGACGGUGCCUGUUGGCUGGUCAGCUUCCCUGGAAGUUUGGACUGCGGCCCAGGCACGCGAGGGUGAACAGGUACUUUACACGAUUCCUCGAUUCCUCGUAUUCAAGGAAGUUUGGUAAACAAAAACAUCUAACCUGCGAGUGAACAGAAGGCCUUUAGAAAGUUGAUUAAAAGGAUGAAAAUAGUUAUUUUACUGGGUAGCUUUUCUCACUGUAGACAAAUUUUUUUUUCUCCCCCUUCAGUGAAGAAGCUUUUUAAUUAGCACAAUUAUUAUUUUUUUUAAAAAUACCCUAAGUACUCUGUUAACUUCUGGUGAAACAAAUCCAGUCAUUAGAAAUGGUCUGCGCUUUUAUUUUCCCGGACUGGAAUGGAAUGGUUUUCCUGAAAAAUCCCCACACGUGACCACACACACACACACACCAUUUCUCUUAAGCAAGAGGUUUGCUUUUUCUUGCUGCGGUGCAGAUGGCUUUUGGUUUUGCUUUUAAUCAUUUGGCAUUCACACGUGGCUGUUUUUUGAUUAAAACGAGAAGCUUCAAA